AUGCUGAUGCUUGGUCGCUUUUGUGUCUUAUUCUCUCUCAUGUUAGCUGCACGAAGAGCGGUCGCUUGGACGAGUAAAAGUGGUUCGACAGAAACCUCCUUUCGAAGAUUGUACCAUCGGCUUCCAACACUCCCUCGUCCAGGCCUCGUGUCGCCCGCCAUGAUCCGACAGAGAAAGCCUCCGUCAUUUUCUUCGAAAGCACUCUACGAACAGUCACUCACGUCUAUCGUCAGGGGAAUGUCAGAUUCUACUGAUGACGUCGUUAUUCCAGACUUUCAGCCAGGUGAUAAGAUUCAAGUCGAAAUCAUGUCGUUCGGUCCGCUGGGUGCGGGUGUCGAAGUGAUUGGGCUCAGUCACGACUCCGACAGUUUGAUAUCCGAAACGGACCCUCCGCUCGCCCUCGGGCUGAUUUUGCAACGAGAAAUUCGCUACUUUCGACAGGGAAGAAACAAUGUAGAUGUUGUUCAAGGAGAAGUACUGCCGGCCUACGUCGAACGGGUGCGUGAAACUGGUCGAGUGGAUGUUUCUCUGCGUGCCUUUGGUGGAAAAGCCAAGGCGCUUGAAGUGUCGGACCUGAUUCUAAAUAAACUGAAUGUAGAGCCUGUUCUGUGCGUGGGGGACAAGUCAUCUCCGAAAGAAAUUGCCGCAGUUUUUCCUGGUGUCAGCAAAGCAUCUUUCAAACGAGCUGUAUCAGCUUUGUAUAAGCAAGGCAAGGUACAGCCAAAUGCCACUUCUAUCUCUCUCAUGACAGAUAAUUAA